AUGUCCAACGGCCCCGGAUCCGGCACCCUCCGCUUCGGAGCGGAGGCCGACUCUCUCGCAAAGGCUGCCAGAAAGUUCAAGGCAAUUCUCAACACCAAAGAUGCCGAGGAGUUUGAAGAAAGCAGGAAGAAAGUCGUUUGUGAAGAGCUCAAUCUCCUGCAGACCCAGCAACAGGCCACGAGGAACCUGAUGAACAUGAAGAGACUGCAGAGGUUUCUUGAUGGGAUGGGUGACCUGCAAACUGUCCUGGAGAAGUUGGAUUUUCAAGCAGUGGACAAUGUCAUGGCAUGCAUCUGGGGCCCUAUAAGAUUCUUCUUCAAGACAACCAGCCUCAACGAAAGGGCCUUUGACCAAAUCCUUGACGUCUAUCACCGCCUUGGUCUCCACAUUUUGCGCUUUCAGGAGUAUUUGCGCGUUUUUCAGACAUCUCAAGAAAGCAUCAAGUGCCUGGUGCGCACUUACAAAGAUAUCCUCAAGUUCCAUGCAGCAACCUACAGACUCUUCUCUCUCCGAAGCCAACUAUGGACAAAGCUCCACAGAGCAACGUGGAAAGACCUGGACCCCAAGUUCGAUCACUUAUCGAAGACUCUCAAGCUGCACGCCAAGCACAUAGACGACCAUGGGUCAUACCUUCGGCGCAUGGACUCAGGCUUUGGCGACCCGAGGACCGAUUCCAACCGUAGCCGUAACACCGAGUUCCAAUUUUACGAAGGGGCCUACCAAGAUUUACGAAGAGCCUUCAAAAAGGACGAAAAAGAGCGUAAACACAGCCAGAAGGAGAGAAUUAUAAAAUGGAUCGCGGCCAAGGUCGACGAGCUUCACGGGGAAUUUCAGAGAGACCGCAAUGUCUGCCCAGAGAAUGGCGAAUGGCUCUGGCGCCAACACGACGAAGUCUCCAAUUGGAUGAAAGAAGAUAUUCCCGAAGAGUCGACAAUAUGGGUCCAUGGUCCUCGAGGCAUGGGCAAGUCCGUCCUCUCAUCCCAUGUCGUGGACCGCCUCCGUGAACUCGCCGCAAAAGGCCGCGAGGUGCCUUCCAAAGCACAAGUGUGUUACUUCUACUGCCAGGAAGAGGACUCUGACAGUAAUACCUACCUUGGCAUCCUGAGAGGGAUUCUCCACCAGCUCGUCGAAUCGGCCAAGGUCCCCAACGACGACGAGCCUUCCGAGCAGAACAUUGCGAACAACAACCUAGCCAUUCUCCCUCUCUGCGAAGACAAGAUGACAAACUCGGGUGGCUCCACGCUGACCAACCCAGACGUAGCGCAGUCUCUGAUUGAGGUCUUCUUCGAGAACAACCUGCGCCAGUAUGUCGUCAUUGACGGGCUGGACGAGUGCAAGGUCACGGAGAUCACCCAGGCCGUUGUUUUCUUCACAAAGGCGGUGAACGUCUUCGAUGAUUUGAAUCAGGGACAACUGCGGGUGAUGUUCAUGACCCAGUCGAGCAAGGAGGUCCGUCGUUGCAUGGAGAAGAACGGUCUAUCGCCAACUUCAGGAGUAGUUGAGCUUAAUGCAAAGGAGAACAUGGAGGACAUCCGAAGAUACGUGAGGAGGAUGCUCGGUUGGCGAGACGAGCAAGCAAAUCCCUUCAACCUAACCGAACGGGAGAUACAGGAGAUUGAAGACAAGAUCUCAACCACGAGCGAAGGCCUCUUUCUCUACGCACACCUCGCCAUGAAGUAUCUUCUCGAACAACAAACGAAAAAGGAUCUUCUUGAUAAGGUGAAACCUGGGGUACUUCCAAAGAGUAUCAAGCAAAUCUACACCAAAUUGCUGGGAGCCCUGAGAACUCGUCUCGAGGAGAAUGGAAAUUGGGACCGCGGAAAGCAGCUCCUGGGCUGGCUCAUCUGCGCUCACCGCCCCCUUCAAUUGCACGAAAUUCAAGCAAUCCUCUGCUUCAACCCCGACGAAGAGGUAGUUGACUUUGACCUCUACAAGCUCCGCAUUGGCGUCACCGAUCUCCUGGGCCCUCUGGUACAGGUCUUGCCGGGGGACAACAUCCGCCUCAUCCAUUCCACAGCCAAAGAAUACCUCGCCGACCCCGAACACAUUGACGCAAAGACCGUCCAAUGCGAACUCGCAACCCUUUGCCUCCGUUACCUCUCCCUCCGCUGCUUCGUCGCCGACGACUACUUGGAAUCCGAACGACGCGACCACAUCCUCCACGGCUACUUCUCCUUCCAAGACUACGCAAUGUCCCAAUGGUACAAACAUGUCAUCAGCGUCGUUGAGAAUUGCCGCCCUGUCUUCAACUCCAACAACGCCCAACUCCCAAAUACGACAUCCUCCUUCUGUGAAGCCCUCGAAAAGUUCAUAUCCUCCCACAACAACGAUCUCAAACCGCUGCCCGAGCCCGACGCCCCUUCAGACUUCCCCAGCGAGCACAUCGACACCUUCCAAAACCUCUCAUUCUACUCCCUUCUCCUCCGGCUCUGGAAUCACAUCUUCAUCCACCAAAACGGCUCCGCUGAAGAACGAAAUAAGGUUGGCAUCGCGCGCCUCGAAAACGCCCUCAAAGCCCACCGCGCCCUCAUCGAAAAGGACUUCAAGCCGGACCGCAAGACGCAAAACGAUGAUACGAUGGAGGACUACUACGGUCCCAACCUCUUCAAAUGCUCCCGCACCCUCUGCAAGUUCUUUUAUCACGGCUUCAGCAACAAAAAAGACCGCGAGUCCCACCAGAACCGCCACGACCGGCCGUACCCGUGCCUCAUCAAGGACUGCGGCUUCGCGCCCUUUGGCUUCUCCUCCAAUAAGGACCGGCAGCGGCAUGUGCGGAACUACCACCCCGAGGAGACCGAGGGGCCGUCCCAGUUCACACAGAUGAGCCGGCGCGUCGAGACGGCCAAGUUCGAGUGCUCAAUCUGCAAGAAGAGCUUCACGCGCAACAUCAACCUCAAGGGCCACGAGAGGAGUCACUUUGGAGAGAGGCCGUACGCGUGUUCGCACUGCGGCAAGGCGUUCGCGAGACUGAAUGACUGUCGGCGGCAUGAGAGGAUUCACACGAGGAAUAGACAAUGA